AUGGGACGCCAGCGUGGCACCCUUGGAGCGAGCUGGAUAGGGGACGUUGGGGUUAAACUUAAAGGUGACUUUGAGGAACCAUUGUGGAUUGCUUGCUAUAAAUCUGAAUUAAUUCUUUCUGUUGAAAACAUAACUAUAUCUUCAUCUCUUUAUUGGAGUGCUUUGGGGGAUUACACAAGGAUAAUCAGUGACUUUUCUGUAUUGCCAUCUGAAGUGAGAGAAGGACGGGUGGGAACUUAUUGGUACCAUGAGGAUACACAAGCGUUUUUCGAUGAUGUUGACCACUACAGGAUAAUCAAAGCAAUGUGCAGACUUUCUUGUAGUGUGUGUGACAAGAUGGAAGCGCAGGGGGCGAAGAGACAGGGAAAGUUUAGGAACAUUGAACAGUUGAAGGGUCAUUUGUUUCAUCGACAUAGAUUGGUUAUGUGCGGCCUGUGUUUGGAAGGACGGAAGGUGUUUAUCUGUGAACAAAAGCUAUAUACUAGAGCACAGUUAAACCAACAUAUAAACACGGGUGAUUCUGAAGUGGAUGGAACUGAGAGUGAGAGAGGUGGCUUCAUGGGGCAUCCAAUGUGUGAAUCCUGCAAGACCCCAUUCUACGGGGAUAAUGAGUUAUACUCUCACAUGUCCACAGAGCACUAUACAUGUCAUAUAUGUCAAAGGCAGCAGCAUCCAGGACAGUAUGAAUAUUACAAGAAUUAUGAUGACCUUGAGAUUCAUUUUCGCCGAGAUCAUUACCUAUGUGAGGAUGAGGCUUGCCUUGUCAAAAAGUUUAUUGUCUUUCAUUCUGAAGCUGAACUAAAGAUGACUUCUUCGAGCAUAUAAAUUAUGUGCAUAGUAUAUUCUUUUUGAUUGUUUGAUUAUGUCCUAGUAUAGCUCAAGUUUUCUUUUUCUCAUAUACUGUUCUUAUGUAUUUCAUUUUUGUUCUUUCAGGGGCAUAAUACAAUGGAACAUAGAGGUCGCAUGUCUCGUGCAAGCGUAAUGCUGCUCUACAGAUGCCAACAAACUUUCAAUAUGAUCAAAGUAAUGAAGAUAAUCGUCGUGGAAGGGGACGAACAUUUCGGCGUGAGCUGUCUGAUAACGACCAUCAACUUUCCAUGGCCAUUGAGUCAAGUUUGGGGACUGCCAGUGAUCCGCCAGCAUCAUCUACUGCACAGGAGGCUCCAGGGGUGUACCUUGGCAAGAAUCUUCUUUUCCUCCUCUCCCCAAUGGUCCCAGCAUCCGCCAUCAAAAGCUUAAACAUAGUUCAGAAGGUUUGGCUAACAACACCAUGGCAGCACAUCUACGGCGCCAGAAGAAUGGGAAUACAAAUGUUUUCAAUUCAGCUCAGGCAUGGCCAGUAACAAGUCGCAGGCCUGUGCAAGCAUCAAAUAUCCCUUUGCAAGAUUCUUCUUUUCCUCCUCUCCGCAUUGGUCCCAGCAUCCGCCAUCAAAAGCUUAAACAUAGUUCAGAAGGUUUGGCUAACAAAACCAUGGCAGCACAUCUACGGCGCCAGAAGAAUGGGAAUACAAAUGUUUUCAAUUCAGCUCAGGCAUGGCCAGUAACAAGUCGCAGGCCUGUGCAAGCAUCAAAUAUCCCUUUGCAAGAUUCUUCUUUUCCUCCUCUCCGCAUUGGUCCCAGCACCAGCCAACAAAAGCCUAAACAUAGCUCAGAAGGUUUGGCUAACAACACCAUGACAGCACAUCUACGGCGCCAGAAGAAUGGGAAAACAACUGUUUUCAAUUCAGGUCAGGCAUGGCCAGUAACAAGUCGCAGGCCUACAUCCCGAUGUCUUUAAGCUUAAUUUAUUAGAUUUCAACUCUAUCAUCUAGGCUUACUGAAAAAUGUAACCGUUUCUUUUUAAUGUUAAAAUAUAUAGUUUGUUCCAAUUUUUAGAUUAAAAUGUAAUAUACAGUUUCUUCACGCUUUUUACUAAC